AUGAGCACUAUGCAACCUCCUCCGAAUCACAGGAGCACAUGGUCGCACCAUGUCAACCCUCACCACCAUGUCAACACAGAUACAGACUACAACAUGCAGAUGCACAUGCAAUCCCACUCAUACGCAGCCCAUGUACCUCUACAGAGACCUGGACUCUCUCAACAGAUGACCUACCAUGCCCCGGCUGGUCCCAGCUUCCCUUCUGGUCCUUCUUUCGGUCAUGAUAUCAAGCUAGCUCCCUUGGCCUUGCCUUCAACCCCAAGCCGUGGUCAGUCGCCCGCUAGCAUACACUCGCAAUCACUACGUGGGCCCAUGGCCGUUGGCGGCUCGCGCACAGCCCCUCGUCGUGAGAGCCCAGAGCUCAAGGCCACACCGAUAUCCCCAGCUGGUUCGGGCCGGGAUAUGAUUGCCUCUGGAUCUCCUGACAACGCAGCUGGAGGUCGGUUAAUGAACGUGCUCAUGAAAAAGAUGGAAGAAAAGGGCCAAGACAGCAAAGCCCCCGAAACUGAAAACCGUGAGACACAGUACACAGCAAAGGGGAAGAAAAAGACCAUUGUAUGCCCCUUUGAGGGUUGUGGCCACAGGUGUGCCCAACAGGGCCAGCUCGAAACUCAUAUGCGCAAGCACACUGGACAAAAGCCCUUCAAAUGCCGAUUCUGUUCCUUCAGAGCCUCGCAGCGUGGAAACCUGAAUGGCCAUGAAAACACCCACACUGGCGCCAGGCCUUAUGCUUGUGACAAGUGCGACAAGAAAUUCCCCACGAAAGGCAACCUGCACAACCACUCAAAGACGCACGACGCAACAAGAUAUUCAUGCCCCCUCGACACCUGCAAGCGAUCGUACUCCAACACAAACAACUUGAAGACACACCUGGAGAAGAACCACGCAGAUGCCAUUGCUGAUCUCAUCGCCAAAGUCAACUCUCCCAACUCACUGAGUGAGGCCGAGAAGAAGCUUUGCGCAUCAUUUUUCAAGAAUCACCGAGCUUUGAACCGUGGCAUCAAGGGCCGAGGCCAGGGUGUUAGGGUUGAGAGAGUCCAUCACGAUCCCAGGGACGCUGCCGCCAAGGUCUCAAGGUCCCCUAAUAUGUCGCAACCGAACUCGAGCUCGAACAGCUCCUACAGCGUUAACCCCGCCCCCGACAUGCAGUUCUACCAUGGCCACAUGCAGCAGCAGCUUCCCAGCGUGUCAAUGUUCCACUCCCAUUUAUUCCCGGCCUCAUAUCUCGAGACUCCCCAGCCCACAUAUAACUACCAGCCCACCCGGAGUUACGGUCACGUUGGCACCGAGAUGCCGGGUCCUUCAAACAUGUGCUUCGAUGGUAUGCCCCAAGUUGGCAUGCAGUUCCACGGUAUUCCUGGCACAAAUGGCACAACAUCCCCGUCAUCAUCGUCGUCAGACUCGGUAUCUAGCGAGGGCUAUAGCGACGUCGGCAGCCCUGGUUCGGAAUUUGUGUUUGGUGGCCAACGUCACUAGAAAGAUCCCUCAAAUCAGUUCAUCAUUGAAAGGGUGCAUUACAAAUCUAAUCGGAUCUAUCAUAGAUAGAUCCAGAAAGAUGCUUUUUCUCAGUACUACUCAGCAUAGACGGCAAUUUGGCUUGGUUUUUACUUUUCCUUUCUGCCCUAGUGGCAUCGUUACACUUCUCUAUACACACAUUUUUUUCGAGGCGCUCGCUCUCCUUGAACAGGAUCCGCGACCAUCAUCCGUUGGGGUGACGGGUAACAUCGGACUUUUUUUGGUGUGGUUAUUUGCUUUCUCCAAUAUUUUUAUCCGUUUGCUUGCAUUUGCAGCUACUUCUUUUUAUUUUUUUGGGGGGUCUACUGGAAAGCAGAUGUGCGUGUGUCUACACGUGGACUGCUUACGCGCAAUGCUAUUACUCCUUCUCCCCGCUGUAUUUUUCUUCUAUUCACCUCUUUUAUGGGAAAUUUAGACUUAUGGUGGUGGGAAACUCGGGAUGAGGGUUUUUUUUCUUCUUAUCCCCUCGUGUAAUGUGCACCUCUCUAGACUCAACGGGAGUUCAAGGCGGUGGGAAACGAUUGAACGAAGUUGAGGAAUGGGAUGGGUGGGCAGGGAAUUCAAAACGAUGGGACGUUGGGUACGGCAGCAUCAGGACGGGGCGCAAUUCAGCUUCAUCGGGCAGCGCUAUCUCCUACUAUUGGAAAUCUUAUUGGGCUUAUUAUUAUUAUUAUCUCGGGGUUUUAUCAAACUGGGAAAGGUCAAGAUCUUCACAGCACACAAAGGCGGUCAAAAAAGAAUCAAAACAGCUAUAAAAUCCUAGGCACGACAAAAUAAAACUCUUGUAUAUGUGGUCGUCAUUAUUAAAAUUCUCUCACUGCAAAAAAAACCUCUACAAAGUGGUUUCCAUUCGCUGGUUUCAUGCGGAGUGAAAAGUGCCAAGGAGGG